AUGGAACACACUAAUCAUCAAGUGCAGUUCUUGCCCAAAGACCCACUAGAGAUUGACUAUGAGGCUCUUCCAGAAGAUGCAUCGCUAUCUGCACAUUUGGGCGCUGGUGCCCUAGCCGGAAUCAUGGAACAUACAGUUAUGUUUCCCAUCGACUCAAUCAAGACACGAAUGCAAUUAAACUUGUCCAGCAAGGAUAUAUCGCGAGGCUUGCUCAAGUCGAUCUCGAAAAUUAGUUCUACCGAAGGGUUUUACGGAUUGUGGCGCGGUGUCUCUUCAGUUAUCUUGGGUGCAGGUCCUGCUCAUGCAAUUUACUUUUCGGUAUUUGAAUCAACAAAGACAUUUCUUUGUAAUAGAUUAACAAACUCAUCGCAGUUCAACACCAAGAUUGUUACCGAUGAGAACCAUCCGCUCAUUGCGAGUUGUGCUGGUGUUGCCGCAACAACUGCUUCAGACGCGCUCAUGACGCCCUUUGAUAUGUUGAAGCAAAGGAUGCAGGCAAGUGCCGCAUACCCCGAAAACAAACUCCAAUCCGUAAGAUUAUUAAAGUUUGCAGCAAACAUCUAUAAAACUGAAGGGUUGUCUGCAUUUUACAUAUCGUAUCCAACAACAUUACUCACCAACAUUCCCUUUGCCGCAUUGAAUUUCGGCUUCUACGAGUAUUGCUCAUCCUUGCUCAACCCGUCGCAUUCAUAUAACCCAUAUUUGCAUUGUGUAAGUGGUGGUAUUGCUGGAGGUAUUGCUGCCGCAUUAACAACGCCGUUUGACUGUAUCAAAACCGUGCUACAAACAAAAGGAAUGUCGCAAAACCCUGCAUUGAGAGAAGUUACUGGUUUCAAGAGCGCUGCAGCAGCACUACAUAAAAUAGGAGGCACCAAAGCGUUUUGGAGAGGAUUGAAGCCAAGAGUCAUUUUCAAUGUUCCAAGUACAGCUAUAUCAUGGACCGCGUAUGAGAUGUGUAAAGAGUUGUUGAUUAGGGAUAGACGAUUAAAUUAG